AAAACUUCCCCGCCAACAAGCGAGUGCGCCCCAAGGAAGCCCCAAGGCCGCUCCCUCUCAAGUAUCCAUCUCGGUUCCCGCGCACGGGCCCCGGAGCCAGCUCCACCCGUUUUCAUUUGAUCAUAUUUGGCCAGCGUUGCGCUUUUCCGCGUGAAUGAAGGAUUCGGAAGCAUUUUCCAUUGGUUGCGUGGGGGCACUGCUAUUGCUCGGCGAUUGCCUGCGAACUAAGAUCGGCUUCCUGAAGGAGCUCCAAGUACCAGCAUGUCUUCUUGGGGGAUUGGUUGGUUUCUUCCUCCUGCAGCUUGUGAACCUCAUCUCGGCUGAUGCGCACAGGGAUAUCCUUCAGUGCCUCGUUGGAUGGGAGCAGGUCCCAGGCCUCAUGACGAUGACAAUAUUUUCGGGUCUCGUCCUCGGGCAGCCUUUACCUUCUCCCGUCGAUGUGUGGAAAGAGGCCGGAAACCACUUGCUGUAUGGUCUGGCAGUUGUUUUCGGACAGUAUUCGGUCUGCUGCCUCGUCACCAGCCUCAUGGCAAGCUGGUGGGAUAUCAGCCCAUUCUUUGCUCCUGUCGUCCCCUACGGCUUCCAAGGGGGGCACGGAGUGGUGGCGGGGAUGAGGUCCGCAUUUGUACUGAAGCCUCCCGACGGCGUCGAUUUUCCUGCUGGGUUUUCCAUGGGCAUGGCAUCGGCAUCGGUCGGGCUUCUGGCUGGAGUGGGCAUCGGCUCUUACUGCGUCAAUUGGGGCAACAAGCGCGGCCUCUUGGAAGGGCUCGCGGCUUUGGAGCCCCCCACUGGGCCAAGUUGUGGGACCGGCAUUGAACUUGCAGCGGAGGAGCCCGGAGUGGAUCCGGUCCGCUCAUUCGACGUUGAUGGCGCUGACGGCCGUAAAUCAGCAGCCGUUGACGGCCGUAAGCCGACUCCACCAGCGACGGAGUUCUUGCGACGGAGCUCUGCUCCCUCCACUAUGAUAAGCCCUGGAACCAUGGAGCAGAGAGAUCGCGUAUUUGUACGCCGCUCAACGAUCGGGAAGGUGAUGCUUGAGAGAGCCAUGUUGGAAGCCCCCCAAAGGCGGACGGGCCACUUCUACAAUGUGGAAGACCGGCCUGCCAUGGGCAAGCAGGUUGUGGCAGUUGAGUCAAUCGACUCGCUUGCGUACCACAUAUGUCUCAUGGGCUUGGCCAUGAUUAGUGCUCUUGGACUCCGUGGUAUACUUGGGCUUCUGUGCGGCGAAAUGGUAGGUAACUUCCCGCUUUUCCCUUUCUGCCUCGUCACGUCAGUAGUGCUGCAAAGCAUUCUCAAUCGGAUCAACGCCCCCGUCGAUCGAGCGACUGUCGAACGGAUCUUGAACACGGCCCAGGACGGCAUGAUCGUGACUGGGAUGGCGCUCCUCCCAGUGGGAGAGGUAGUCGAGCAAGGAAUUCCAUUCAUCAUCGCCUCUGUAGCGGCCAUCGCUUGGGGUUUCGUAGCCUUGUUCAUGCUUGCUCGCAUCAUGCUGAAGGACUACUGGUUGGAGCGCGGGCUGAUUGAGCUGGGUCUCUCGAUGGGCUCGACCGCCACAGGACUCAUGCUGCUCCGCAUGGCAGACCCCGAGAAUCGAACACCAGUGCUGAGGCAGUUUGGUUUUAAGCAGAUUGUGCACGUUAUGUUUGUCGGGGGUGGCGCAUACGAUGCCAGCGCGUUGCUCAUCAUCCAGAUGGGGGGCGUUUGGCUUCUCUUUGGUAUCAGUGCCGUGUGCCUGCUGUCAUGUAUCGCUGCUGCUGCGUUUUUCGUGCGUUUCGCUCCAGUCUGAUACGGGCGCCAUCCUGGACGUCUGCGUAACUGCAGAGGACAUGCUCCAUGAAGUAAGGAGAAUGAUGAUGGUGUUGUGCAGUUCCGGCGCCGAUUGUCGUUCCAGCCAAGAACACUGUCCACAAAUGAGUUGUCGAGAGGUGUAAGCGCUGAACAUAGUUACGUCUUGCGUAGCUGGUUUUGUUGGCUCUGGGUUUAUUCCAAAGCAGUGCUGGCAAUGAAGGAGUCCUUGCGGAUAUUGCCAGCAUUGGCGAAAGUGCUUGGCCGAUUGGAGCAGGCA